AUGAGGUUGUUCUCCUAUGAAAAUGCUAAGGAGAAAACUAAGAGCUGGCAUGAUCAGAAAAUUCAUGCUCAGGUCUUUGAGAAGGGGCAGAAUGUAUUGCUCUUCAACUUGUGCUUAAAUUUAUUUCCUGGCAAGUUAAAGUCCCGCUGGUCUGGCCCAUUCACAUUGAUGCAAGUUUACCCCUUUGGAGAAGUUGAAGUUCGUGAAGAUCAAUCCGGAAGGGAGUUUAAAGUGAAUGGGCAGCGACUGAAACAUUAUUGGGGAGGUGAGGUCAACCGCGAGAAGACCUCCAUCACUUUGGAGGAUCCUUAA